AUGAACCGUCGAAAGCUGUCUGAUGACUUGUAUCAUCAACUGAAAGAAGAGCAUGAAAAAUUAAAAUCAAAAUAUCAAGACAAUCCAAAGAUAAAACUGUAUCGUGGACAAUUAAUGUCAAUGAAUGAAAUUGAAGGACUUAGACAAUAUCAAUGGAGGAAUUUUAAGGUGAACAAUUGUCUGUUAUCAACCUCACUCAAUCGCAAUGUAGCAUUGAAUUUUAUUAAAUCAUCAAAACAAUUGGUAGGAUUAGAACGUGUUUUCUUCGAAAUUAAUGUUGAUACUGCAAAAGAGAAUCGUCCCUACGGUGAUAUAUCGCAUUUAAGUUAUUUUCAUGAUGAAGCGGAAAUUUUAUUUAUGAUUGGCAUGCAAUUUGGUAUGCCAGAAUAUGAUGUAACAUAUGAUGAAAAUGACAAAGUUUGGAUAAUUAAAUGUUCUUUAGAUAAUGUUUAUGUUGAAGAAAGAAUAGAUGGAAGUCUGAAAAGAAUUAUAAAAAACUGUAUCAGACAAUAUAUAGACAAUUAUGUAAUAAUUUCUCGUAUGUCUAAGGACCCUACUAAGCUGUUUACUGAAUUAAUGAAUGUAUUUCCAUUGGAAAAAGAAUGGAUAUUCGCUUAUAAACUUUUUUGUCAAGCUAUGUGGAACGAUAUGAGUACAUCAAUAUCACUGUAUGAUGAAGCAAUAAAAAUUUGGCUCAAUUAUUUAAAAGAUGAUGAAUUAAAUUGUUCAAUUAAUAUUGGUAACAUUUAUGAAACCAUUGGCGGUUUGUAUAAGUAUACGAAAGAGAAUGAUCUGGCUAAGAAGCAUUUUGAUUUAGCAAUUUCUUAUUUACAAGCAGCAAUUGAAAGUAGUGGCACUACUACGGAACAUGAAAAAAUACAAAUAUUAGAUACAAUGAUUUCCAUAUGCGAAUGGAAAGUAAUGAUGAGUAACAGCGGCGUAACCAGGAUUUUUAGUACAAUGGGCAAACUUCUAUUGUAUCGGAAAAAAACGAUGGGCAAAAUGGGCAAGGUUUUUGUCGAUGGGCCAAAAGAUUUUUGGUCCAAAAAGAACAC